GACAGAGGAGGAGAGGCGGGCGAUGGGGGAGGACCUGUACCGGUUAUCCUCCAGGCAUCGUUAAGGAGAAGAGAGCGGGAGGGGGUGAAAAAGAAGAAGGCGUCCCCGGCCCCCGCCCCUCUCCGCCGUACCGAGGAGGGAGGGCAGACCACGAUGCCCGACUGUCGGGCGCUACCCGCUCGCCCGCAUGGAGACCGCCGCCCGUAGCGGGGCUGCCGCGCCGCACCGCCGGUGAACACUAAAACGUAUUGGAGAUUGUUCUAAACUGAACCAAACACAGCCUCAGCCUUCGGUAUAUGUGAUAAGACAUCCAGAACAAUAAAGGUUUGAAUAGUGCCUCCCCAAGAAGUGUGAUGAGAAAUGGCUUUAGGAAACAAUACCCAGAGAAGUUAUUCUAUCAUUCCCUGCUUCAUCUUUGUUGAGCUUGUCAUCAUGGCUGGGACUGUUCUGCUUGCCUACUACUUUGAGUGCACCGAUACUUUCCAGGUGCAUAUCCAAGGUUUCUUCUGUCAGGAUGGCAAUUUGAUGAAACCAUACCCUGGAACGGAGGAUGAGAGCUUCAUUUCACCUCUUGUGCUCUACUGUGUGCUGGCUUCAACUCCGACAGCAAUUAUUUUUAUUGGUGAGAUAUCCAUGUACUUCAUAAAGUCAACCCGAGAAACCCUAAUUAUUCAAGAGAAAACUAUUUUGACUGGAGAGUGCUGUUACUUGAACCCACUGCUUCGAAGAAUAAUACGUUUUAUAGGAGUGUUUGCAUUUGGACUUUUUGCCACUGACAUAUUUGUAAAUGCUGGCCAAGUUGUGACUGGGAACUUGGCUCCCUACUUUUUGACUGUAUGUAAACCCAACUACACUGGAAACGACUGUCGGGCUCACCACCAGUUCAUAAACAACGGCAACAUCUGCACUGGGGAUGUGGAGGUGAUUGAAAAGGCAAGGCGAUCCUUUCCAUCCAAACAUGCUGCCUUGAGCAUCUACUCAGCAUUAUAUGCCACGAUGUACAUCACAAGUACAAUUAAAACAAAGAGCAGCAGGCUAGCCAAACCUGUGCUUUGUCUGGGUACCCUGUGUGCCGCGUUCCUCACCGGGAUAAACCGAGUUUCUGAGUAUCGAAACCACUGCUCAGAUGUGAUUGCAGGCUUCAUCCUGGGGAGUGCUGUAGCUCUGUUUCUGGGGAUAUGUGUUGUCCAUAACUUCAAAGGCACUCAUGGAGCUCCUUCUAAACCGAAGCCUGAAGACCCACGAGGGAUGCCGCUAAUGGCUUUUCCAAGAGUGGAUAGUCCUCUGGAAACACUGAGUGCACAGAAUCACUCUGCCUCUAUGACUGAAGUAACCUGAGAUGGAAGAUUGGCAACCGAAGUUGUUUUUUAUUACCCUCCAGUACAAUAACUCCAAGACACACAGUUAAUAAAUGUCUAACUGUGAUGACCAGUAUUAUGUUAUGUCUAGUUAGAGGCUAAUGUUUUGUACUUUUUUUGUAUGAGGAAGUGAUGUAGCUUGCCCUGAUUUUUUGUCAGCUUUAAUAUUAUUAUGCCAGAAUUUAAAUGCAAAAUGGAAAAAGAACAAAAAAAAACCCUUUUUCUUGUUUAAAGUGUGCACUGAGGAACUACAUCUAUGGAAUUGUUGUUGUUGUUAUGUGAUAUUUGUAUGCCUUUUUUUUUUUCCAUUUUUUGAAUUUAUAUAUCUUGAGGGGGGGAAAUAAAAAUCACUUUUACCUUUCUUACCAUAAGAAGUGCUUCUACCACUGGGUCAGACUGAUCUGAGUAAGCUCAGCACAGACUUGAAGUAAUUGCAUAUAUUUAAUUCAGACUAAAUGGUGAUCAGAAAUCUAACUUGAAUGAUAUUAUCAACAAUAAACAUCUGUUCUUGAUUCAGUGAAACACUUAAGUAUUCCUUAAGCAUCUUACUGAAUCAAAACCUGAUUAUUCUGGUGUGGGUGACUGUGCUAGUUAUUGAAAAGUAACUAAGAGAAGGUACUCAGUCUGCAAUAUAGACAGACUGGACAUGAAAACUUAUAGUAGUAGCUGAUAGCAUGUGAGCUGACUAUAUCAUCUCCCUAGAUCUGUUCCUCCCCAAGGCCCAGCUAAAGCUCCCAGUGAAACCUGGCUUCAGGAAUUGACUAUGGGGAUAUACAGCCACCACUGUGGAGCUGAGGCUGCCCUUUAAGUGUUUCAUAACUUCAUCAUAGAUUUGUGGGGUAACUAGUAACAUUGGUGCAAAGGAAAAGUGACACCACUUCUCCAGUGGAAUGGCAUUACUUGCCAUUUAGAUUGGCAUAACUGAAAAGCCAAUUUUGUCCCAGGUGUAGUUUUCUCUGUGGGGCUUUGGCAAGUCAAAAGAAACCCCUAAAAACUUAGACGGUCUGUGGUAGCAGUCUGUAUUUUUGCAAAUUCUGCCAUACAGAAUUUAUAUCAAAACUGCUGUUGUACAGUUUAAGGAAUAAAGGGACAAUUACAUGCAGGUAGUGGGUGAGUACAAAAAAAUAGACCAUUUGCAAUGGCUAGGACUGGGCCAAAGGCUUCAUUAUGUGACUUUUUCACCGUUUCUAGGGUUUUUCUGCAUCUCAUUCUUCUAGCAUGGUGAUAACUGCUGUCUCUCCUUUAAAGAAUGGAGCCUCUGUCUGUACUUUUACUGGAAUGUUUACCUCACACUUCCAUGUUGGUUCUUCUUGGCUUAUUUUGUAUAUUUUUUUUCCAAAACAGAUACAAAAAAAAAAAAAUCAAAAAAACAAAA